ACCUAUCAGGGGCGGGCGGGCGCGGCGGGCGCCGCAGCCCGUUUGACGGAAGGAGCGGCGGCGGCGGAGGAGGAGGAUGGAGGCGGUGGUGUUCGUCUUCUCUCUCCUCGACUGUUGCGCGCUCAUCUUCCUCUCGGUGUACUUCAUCAUUACAUUGUCUGAUUUAGAAUGUGAUUACAUUAAUGCUAGAUCAUGUUGCUCAAAAUUAAACAAGUGGGUAAUUCCAGAAUUGAUUGGCCAUACCAUUGUCACUGUAUUAAUGCUCGUUUCAUUGCACUGGUUCAUCUUCCUUCUCAACUUGCCUGUUGCCACUUGGAAUAUAUAUCGGUUCAUUAUGGUGCCGAGUGGGAACAUGGGGGUGUUUGACCCCACAGAGAUACACAACCGGGGGCAGCUGAAGUCGCACAUGAAGGAGGCCAUGGUCAAGCUCGGCUUCCACCUGCUCUGUUUCUUCAUGUAUCUCUACAGUAUGAUUUUAGCUUUGAUAAACGACUGAAGCCGGAGGAGCCGCGGCCCGAGUCCGCCCACACCGCAGCGCGCAGCCCGGGAGCCUGAGACGGCUGAGCCCAUCCUUAGAACCGGGACCAUAGCAGUAUAUUUUUUCCUCUUUGAACAAAAAAAAAAAUAUUUUUGCUGUAUUUUUACCAUAUAAAGUAUUUAAAAAACACAAA